GGUGCGCAUGCUCGAGAAGGACCCGGCGGCGUGGGGAGGCCCACGCGCAUGCCCGAAGGGGAGGUUCCGGCCCAACGCGCAGGCGCGGCUCCUUGGCCCCGCUGGGUGGGGAGGCUUCCCUUCUCGGAGGCAGCGGCCGCCAUUUUGUGGGCGCUCGGGUCGUCUCCUUUGUCGUCGUCGUCGUCGUCUCCUCGUCCUCCUCCUCCGGUGGCGGCGGGGCCGGGGCCGGGCCGAUGCACUCGGGGGCGAAAGUGUUCGUGGGCAACGUGCCCGAGGAGACGUCGCAAGGGGAGCUGCGCGACCUGUUCGAGGCGGCCGAGCCGGGCCAGGUGCUGAAGGGGGCCCUCAUGAAGCAGUUCGCCUUCGUCCACAUGCGCGACGAGGCGGCGGCCGACCGGGCCAUCCUGCAGCUCAACGGGCAGCUCCUCCACGGGCACCGGGUGGUGGUCGAGCACUCGCGGCCCAGGCCCACCCACACCGUCAAGAUCUUCGUCGGCAACGUCUCGGCCGCCUGCACCAGCGGGGAGCUCCGCACCCUCUUCCAGGAGUUCGGCUCCGUCGUCGAGUGCGACAUUGUCAAAGACUAUGCGUUCGUUCACAUGGAGAAGGACGAGGAUGCUAGAGCCGCCAUUGAACACCUUAAUGGAAGGGAAGUCAAAGGAAAACGAAUUAAUGUGGAACUCUCUAAUAAAGCUCAUAAAAGGGGGCCCGCCGGGCUCGGGGGCCAGCUGGGCGGCGGAGCGGAAAAGAACAAAAUACCGACUCUAGAGAAACUCCAGCCCGUGAAUGAUGCUAUGAGAGCGGGUAAUCUUGCAUUCCCCAUGGCCACGGCGGCUUAUUCUUCCCUGGAAUAUGACUAUCAGCGUCUGGGGAACGCCAGUUUAACCCAGGACGCUCAGGCCAGGCAGAUCUCCCCGUCUUACUUUGGAAGGGACAGGAGCCCUCUCAGACGCUCGCCCUCGAGAGCUGGCUACGCGCUCCCUGUGACAGGCCAGCAGGCAUCGUACAGAGACCAGCCGUCGGCCUCCCUAGGAACACCUUACCGAGACCAGACUUCCGCCUCGCUUGGGAUGGCCUAUCGACCCCAGCCGACGACGGGUCAGGCAGCCAUGUACAGAGCCCAGCCCUCCGCCAUGCUUAACAAUGCCUAUAGAGCCCAGUCCUCUGUUCCCAUGGGAACUUCGGCCGCCCAGCCGGCAGCCUCGGCCCUCACCUCCUACAGUGCCCAGGCAGCUGCGGCCUACGGGGCCCAGGCCGCCGCCUCCCAAGUCCCUGCUUACGAGGCCCAGCCCGCCACAACGUACGCUGCCGCUUAUGGGGCCCAGGCAGCUGCAACCUAUGCCGCUUCCUAUGGGGCUCAAGCGGCGGCACUCUCCGCCUCCUAUGGGGCCCAGCCGGCCGCCAACCAGGCAGCCUUGUACAACGCCCAUGCCCUCUCGGCCCAGUCAGCCUCCUAUGGCGUUCAGCCCGCUGUAGGACAUGCCGCUUCCUACGGGGCCCAAGCGGCCACCGCCUCGGCCCUGCCAGCUGCCUACGGGGCCCAGUCGGCAGCCAGCCUGGCCGCUGCUUAUAGCAUGCAGGAUGCGGCUGCGGCUUCCUACAAGGCCCAGCUCUCCGCCUCAAUGCCGACAGCCUACAGAACCCCAGCCGAGGCGGCCUAUGCGGCACAGCAGUCCGCCUCCGUUCCCUUAGCGGCCGGCUACCGAGCUCAGCCGGCAUACAACGGGCUGGCUCAGUCUGCGCAACAGAUGCCUCAGUCUUCAGCCAUGUUGCAGUCGGAAGCGGCCGCGGGUCUCCAUCCGGCGUACGACCGCUCUCGCCUCUCCCCGCCACGUGGUAGUCGUGAGGACCUCUACCGAAAAGCAGCUGCCAUGAAUAAGAGGUACAAUUCUGACCCCUCAGAUGACCGCCGUUUAUCUGACUACCCAGAUUUCCGCCGUUUAACCGACUCCCCCCAUGCGUACCGCCAUUCGCCGACCAAAGCUCAACUGGAUUAUCGCCGCCUCCCCGAAAUGCAGUCCGAUUACGCUUGUUACGCGGGGGCCUAUGGUGAUUAUUUGCGUAGUGCCCAAAUGCAGAUGCAUGCUAACUACCAGCGCCGCCUCUAGAGGAUCCCUUCCCUGCCACCCCUGGGGCGGGACGACAUCGUUGCCCGGGCGCCUGCCGUUGUCACACGCUUUCCACAACCUCCCCCUCCCCGCUGCGUCCGUAAGGAGCGAACGUUGCCGUUUUGAGUUCAGGAUGUCCUUUUAGCCGUCACGUUUUGUCCCACCCUGUCCACAGGUGCCUGUGGCGUUGCCCCGGCGUAGCUUGUGUGUCUUUUUUUGUUGUUUCUGUCCUUACCACGCAAAUGGCGUGUCAUUUCCUUCAGGGAGCGCUGUGUGGCCCUCUCAGAUGAACAGCUUUCUAGGAGACCUAUUCGAGUUGUCACCAUUUUCCGUUGCGGCUCUGCAUUUGGCUUCCGUAGCGGCGCCACGCGGGUGGGCGCCCAGCCCUUUAAAGCCCAACUCCCGAAGAUGGCCACCUAUGCUUCUGUUUCCUUGGUCUUACGUUUCUCUCGGCUCACUCGGUGAAAAGUAACCAAACCGUUCUUUUACUGAAAUCCUGAUUUUAAUUUCUUUGCCAAAAGGAUCACUUGAUACCGUUUCCUGGCCAGCUCAGUCGCUUUUAUGUAAUAGCAUCCUUAAUUGAUUUCAGGCAGAUAUAAAGUGUGCAGAUAAACAUGUUAGAAGAGUUUGGGCUUUCUUUUUGUAUUAAUUGUAAAUAAAACCGCUGAUGUGCGUUUUAGAAAAUC